AUGCAACGGCUACGCGACCUGUUCAACGGCGCUUUCUCAAAACUGUCACCGAUACGAAGAAUACGUCGAAAACGCGUCUUCCGACUUCUGGAUCUUCCUUCCGUUCCUCUCUUGAAAUGUCUGGGAAUGUUCGGUACUAUUGAGCGGUAAGCGGAAUCUUUUGAUUUGAAUGAAAUAUUCAAUUUUCAAUUCUCAGGUGCCAUUUCUCGAAGUGCUCAAAGACCGCAAAGGCAGCUCUCAUGUCAUUGAAGAAGGAACCCAUUUUUUUACUGGCUUAUUUCAAUCCUCGCUUCCAAAUAGCUGCUGGUUUCGGAGUGUAUAUAGAGAAUUAUCGCACUUUUUACAUUGACAACCCCACAGAUUCCACAUUUUGGAGGAGGGUAACAAAAAGACCUGAACCUUGUUGGAAAGGACGGCAAUCGGAGCUGUUCGCAGAAGUAGAGCACUACAAAGAAGCUCUGCGAACUCCUUUGAAAGGGAUUGUAAUAAGUUACGAUCACUUUCAAGAGGGAGUUCGGGACAUUAUUGAUCACGUCAAUCGCCAGAAUUUCGUACUUGAUGUAUUUUACAUCACUGGCGAAUGUCCAAAUGAAGGAGAUGCUCGAUUCAUUCUGGACAACUGCAAAGCCACUAACAGCCUCAUAUUGUCAUUCAAUCCUCGCCGAGGCUUUCGGUAUGAAUUCAAAUUAGUUGCGAGGGGUGUGCUUAUCUCUCAGUCCCACUGGUUAACAAUUGAAAACAUUAUCUCGAUGGACUCUGCGGUUAUCCAGCUGGAAGGUGCAGAGUUCACACAACAAGACCUCAACCGAUUCGUCAAGUUCUGGAUGGCUGGAGCGAAUCCCCGUUUGGAGUUUUUUUUCAUGUUCAGAAAUAUACGAGCAAAAACGAGGAUUAACCAGUUCAGCGUGGUGGAUGGUAUACGAUUCGUCGAAAUUGAUGAAACGGUCGAGCGGAAUUUUUUAUUGUGAGUUUAAAAUUAAUAUCAUUAGCUCUGAAGUCUCCGAGUAUUGCUAAUUUUUCAGGCAUGAAAAAGGGGGUCCGCCGUUCAAGAUAGCUUGUUCGGGAGGGCUGGACAUCGUGAGGCAAGAUGGUGUGAAAGCGACGAUCAAGAGUUAUCCUUACGCCGGACUGGACAUGCACGCGUUCCAUUUCAUUGUUUGGCCUCAUUCCUCUUCCGAGUGGUUAGAAAUUGACCAUACUUCUUAG